AUGGUAAACUUUUCCUUGACUAGUUUUAUAAACACUACAAAUAUCACCAGAAGAGAAGGCGACAGAGAUGUCUCAUCGAUGGCUGAUUCUAUGAUCAUGAUCAUCAUUAACACCAUCACUUUUCCCUGCACAGUUAUUCUCAACGUACUUGUGAUAAAGGCUGUGAAAACAACGCCUAGACUCCGUACCAACAGUAACAUCUUGCUGGCCUGUUUAGCGGUGACUGACGCAUUAACUGGUCUCCUUUGCCAGCCAUUGUUUAUCCUGUGGAGAAUUUUCCUAGUAUUCGGUCUCAGUAACAGUGAAACGGCUAAAAUUUCUUUCAUCUCGUCUCUACUUGUUACCCUUGUAUCUUCCUACCUUCAUCUGAUGUUGGUUACUUUCGAGAGACUCAUAGCUAUCAAAUUAACAAUGCAGUACUCAAACAUUAUGAUUGAGAAGAACAUGAAGAUAGCUGUGUUAGUAGUUUGGAUCAUUGCGUUCAUUUAUGGGAUUUUAAGAGGAAUGAAAAAGGAAUUAGCAGCACGCUCUUUGACAGGCCUACUCACCAUUUCAUGUAUUCUCUUUCUUACUUUCGCUAACCUUAUUAUGUAUCGAGAAACUGCUCGCCAUAAAGACAAGAUUAAAACUCAACAUCUUCCUCAGGAAGAUGUGGAAAGAUUUCUGAAAGAGAACAAAGCACUUAAAACAACCCUCUUUGUCGUUGGUGCUGUUCUUGUUUGCCUUCUUCCAGUCGGUUUCUUUUUUAUAGUUGUAGUUACAGGCCUUCAUGAUAUUUUCCCCAUCAACGUGCAGUUGAUGCAGACAUGUGCCAUGCUAAACUCGCUUGUUAAUCCACUGAUUUAUUGCUGGAGGCAAAAAGAAAUGAGAAAUGUCAUUUUCGGAAUGAGAACUCAGGCCGUGCGUUUAGACAUACAAAACCGAUAAACGAAACCUGUUAGUUAUUAAUACACGACUGCAAAUAUAUGAAAAUCACAUAUGUGUACUGCGGUUGUAGAAACGACCCUAAGCGAUCCUCGCAGUUACGAACACUACUGAACUAAUAGUUGAAAUAAGGCUUGGAAAAAAUUCAGGACCGUACGGUACACUACUAGUUCAGGAGGGUUCGUUACUGCGAGGAGCGCUUAUAUUCGUUUCUUAAACCGCAGUGCACAUAUAUGAUUUUCAUAUAUUUCCUUUCAUGUAUUCAUCACUAAGAGGGCUUACUUGGAACCAACAUAAUGACCAGCUACCAGUUGGCUUGUUAGCUCAGUUGAUAGAUGGGUGGUUACUUUAAUUUGGUAUUUUUUUAACUUCAAUUGAAAGGUGUUCUAGGUAGAAGGUACUAUCCUUGUCAUGCAGGAAGUCGAUCGGAAAGGCUACGAGCUAAUAAAAGGGCGGCCUGAAUGACUAUAUUUGUUGAAAAUUAAAAAGAACAUCUACACAACAACAGUGCCUGGCAUUAGUGGUGUAACUUGACUCUAGCAUUCAGCAAACGAAGCAAAUCCUAUACACUUGGAAGCAUUUCUUAGCUCGAGCUUCAGGAAACAGUAUAAAAAAAACCUAUUUGAGGAAAACCACGUAGUUCUUAUCUAAAAGGAUUAAACAACUAAGUAUUUCCUCUAUUAAAAUACAAGCAAAAAGUUGCAUUCAAUGUUUAUUGAGAACUCUAAAGAACGGGGGCAAUUGACAACGGCAACAACAAUCUUUGUUUGUACUCCCUCUUGCCUUAAAAGCUUUCUUAAAAAAUAAAAUAUUAAAAAUACAAUUUUAGCAUUGGCUGCCUGGAAUAAUCAUAGGCAGUGAGUGGAUGAGGUUGAGCAUGAUAUCAUAAUUUAUCAAUGCCGAGGUCUGAGGUAUCUGCUGAAGCCGAAGGCUGAGGCAGAUAACACUGACAGAUACGAGGUUUGAUGAAAUGUAUGUUAGGUGCAAGUAUGAUGCAAGUAUAGAGCUAGCACGUUUAGUUUAGAGUUUAGAGUUUCUCGUUUUUUACAACUGCUAAUAAAUUGCAUUAUCUAGUAAAGAGAUGGCCUAAAAAUCUUUCUUGUGGAAAAAUUCAUUCAGCAACAUCAGGGAUAUAUACUUUUGAAAUUCUGCUUGCUUAAUUUCUCUUUUUCUCUUGAUAGUGUGAUACUUCUCUAGAAGGAAACAGGUUGUAUUUAAUGGAGAAAAAUCGCAAUUAACACUUCAACUGCCCGUGAAGACCCAUCAAACAAAUUGAUUGUGGUUUGUGUGUGUGUUAAUAUGCAGAAAAUGGAGCUACGCUACUGGCGGGAAUAUGGUGACAUUAAAACAAGAAUAAGUCGAUUGAAUGAAAAGCGCUCGUUGAUACCGUGAGUAUCGAGAGUGCCGAUUUGAAAGAUAAUUUUUUGUUCUAGAGUUUUGUGGCUUUCUGAAAUGCUCAGAUGUAGGGAAAGGCCGCAAACUGCCAUAUCCUGCCUAGAAUGAUUAGUGAGUUUAAAAUGCCUAACGACUUUUUCGGAUGCGUCCUUAUAUUUCCUUUUUACGUCGCGAAAGUGUCCUCGAAGUCGUCUUCCGUAUGACGUUUUGCAAAAAGUGCAAGUUAUGCAAUCUAAAAAAUUCAAGAAAGAGAAUACUUGAAAUGGCGAGAAGAACAAAGCGGAAUCGGAAAUGCUAAACGCCACCCAAUCAGAUGGAUUUCCCUCAAGCUCUGUCCAUAAAUAAAUGUUAAUCCCAAAGUGAUUUAGGUCAAUUUUUAAUCAUUUUUUGCAGAUAUUGCCAAAUGUGUUUUUAAAAGUCACAAUCGUUUCAGUCCCUGAUAGCUUGAUCGCCUGCUCACUUACUUCAUCACAUAAUUCAGGAUUUUUUCCUUAUUCAUCUCUCGAUAAAUGUUUCGUGUUUCAUGAGCUGAAGAAUUCUCUUUCGUUAGAUUAGAUUUGCAUUCAGAUAAAAACUAAAUCUGUGACAUAUAAAUCAAUUUAUUUGACAUCUGUUUAGUUUGGUUUUUUUAUCGUGGCUAUUUUAUGGCCAUGUAUUAUUUAUGUGCAAGAUUCAAUGUUUCUAUUUUCCUGCUACGUCAUACUGGAUUAGUUCAGUGAUUUGAAUUACGAAAUAUUGCUUGGAAGGAGUAGCCGAGUUUUACACAUGACCAAAAUACAAAUAUAAAACUAGGGAAUCAUUAAACUGAUAUCAUUAAACUAAAACGGUAAGCUUGAAAUUCACGAACGAUAACAUUCCCAAGAAAAAAACCGCGACGCAAUUCUGUUGUUGAAACCUAUGGCACAGUAGCACAAUAGAUGGCAAAUGAGUUAAUACAUAUUUUUCUUCUUAUGCAAAUAUUAGUUGAUGGACGAAAACUAAUGAACAUAACAUGCACGAGAUAUUAAUCUUUCGACAGAAAACGAAAAAAUCUCCUGAAGUUGUAACAUAAGGAGUUAACUGGCGAUAGAGCUAUUUUCAGUUGUCGCGACAACUUUGUUCAAGCUUUCACCGGCUGAAACGAUUUUGGGCUUAUAAAAACUCAUUUAGAGCUUUCUAAAAAAUGUAAUUAAAAAGAGACUACAAUCAGUUUUUGAUUAAGAUUUUUUUAUGGGCAGUGCUUAAGAGGAAUCCAUCAAAUAAGGUGGCGUUUAGCAUUUCCGAUUAACUUGUGUUUUGUAUUGUUGCUGUGCACAUGUGGACUGAGGAGUAAUUCCCAGGAGAUCCUUUAACCACCUUUUAUUAAUGGUACCACAUUUCCUUUGCUUUUAAUUUUUUCCGUUUUCAUUCGAGAUUGAAUGACUGGUAGAGAAAGCUGUUUGGGAGACAGACUUGAUUUGCAUUGGGCUUCCAGCUCGACAAAGUAAACUUUUCCUUGGUUAGUUAUACAAAGGUUACAAACAUGGCUAGUAAAGAAGGCGACUCAGGAGAUGUUCCAUCGGUGGCUGGUUCUAUGGUCAUAAUCAUCAUGAACACCAUUACUUGUCCCUUCACAGUUGUGCUAAACGUGCUGGUGAUAAAGGCUGUAAAAACGACACCUCGACUCCGUACCAACAGCAACAUCUUGCUGUCCUGUUUAGCGGUGACUGAUGUAUUAACUGGUCUCUUUACCCAGCCAUUCUUUAUCCUGUGGCAGAUUUUCCUUCUACUCGGUCUCAGUGACAGUAAAACACUCGAGAACUGCUUCAUCUUAUCUGUGAUUGUAUUGCAAAUAGCUUCAUACCUUCAUCUGAUGUUGGUUACUUUCGAGAGACUCAUAGCGAUCAAAUUUACGAUGAAAUACUCAAACAUUAUAACGGAUAAUAACGUUAAGAUAGCAGUGUUAGUAGUUUGGAUCAUUGCGUUCAUGAAUGGGGUUUUAAGGGGAAUGGAAAUGGUCAAAGUAGCACUUUCUUUGGCAGGUCUUCUUACUCUAUCCUGUAUCCUUUUCCUUGCUUUUGGUUACUGCAUCAUAUAUCGAGAAACACGUCGCCACCAAGAGAAGAUAAAAAAUGAACAAUUGCCCCAAGAAGAAAAGGAAAGAUUUGCCAAAGAGAACAAAGCGCUGAAGACAACUAUGUUUGUAGUUGGUGCUGUCGUUAUUUGCCUUCUUCCACUUUUUGUCUGGAUUUUUAUUAUAGCUACAGGCCUUGAGAGCACAAUCAUUUUUCCGAUGAACAAACCAUUAGUGUUUACAUGUGGCAUGUUAAACCCGCUUGUCAAUCCACUGAUUUACUGUUGGAGACAAAAGGAAAUGAGAAAGGUCAUUUUUGGAAUAAGAAACCAGGUCGUGCAUUUAGAGAUACAGUGAGGGAGGGAAUGUAAAGAAAAAUGUGAAUAACUUGAUACCUACAUUUCUAGAUUUUGCGUCGGCCUUCUCCAUCCCUUUGAUGAACGGAAAUCGCUAGUUGUUGUUUUGUGCAACAUUUAAGAUUUUGAUCACGACAGGUAAUUCGAUAAUCAACCUCAAACAAAAUUUCCAACAUCGUUGGAAUCGGCAAUCAGUCGUAAUUAUUGCAUUCAAAGGAUGCUGGCACUUGCCUCAAAUUUGAAUUUGAAUUUGAUUUUUAUAACGCGAAUUAUGAUUGGUUUGUGAGCCACCAGUUGCACGAUUUGAUUGGCUGGUAGAAAACCAUAUCGUCCAGAGGCAUGCAUUAAGAAAAUCUACAUCAAUCAAGAAAUAGAUAAACAACAUUGCGUUCAUUUGUCAUUUUCCUUCAUUUGUCUCGAAAGUCAUGCAAACCCACGACUGCGUCCCGGGUUUGGAUGUAAUUAUUGAAUACAACAAAGAGGGUUGCUUAAAAAGAUCAUCAGGGAAACUUUUGCUUCACGAGCUCGUGGCCAAUCUGAAAACGUGUGGAGAUAGAGCAUUCUCCUCUUUUCCAAGAAGCAUUUGAUUUUUUACCAUAAUUAGCUUGAACAGUAUCGAAUAAUGUAGCGUAAUUAAGAGCUAUUUUACUGUAAAUUUCCUUUAAAAAUUAGUGGAAUCUGGCACUCCAUAAAAGUAUUUUCAAUUUCAAGUUUUCUCAUUCAUGAGAUGUGCAGUCUUCAGCCUCAUGUUCUGGAACAGAUACAGUUAAAUUCGAUUUUUGUUGGGUUGAUGUGUAUUUUUAUAAUAAUUUAUUUACGCUCAUUUGAACAAAUUUGGGAGGAUCAAAGGAAAUGAUUCUACUGCUAAAGCAAAGUUGAUAUAUUUUGCAAAACAAGUUGACACCUAAAAAGGGUUACAAUGAACGAUUAGACCCUGUGGCCUUAUGGGUCAGAUGUACAUGUUAACCACUGUUUGUUGUACGCGAUGAAUGGUGGAAACUAUCCAAUCUUCCCUGAAAGAAAAGGAUUGUCAUGUAUACGUGUAUACAUAUGCAUACGUGCGUAUAUUUCCCUUAAAUCUGUUAGGUUUCAUCGUUCGUGGAUCAUUCUUUUAAGUUUCUGGAAAGUUUUAGAAUACCUAGUCGUGCGAAAAUGCUUUCAUGGAGUUUCUACUGUCUUAUCGUUAAACAUUCUAGAACAUUCUACUAGAUUGUGUAGUUAUGUUGUAGUACUACCAAACUAGUUGUGUUGUAAGCUGCCGAAAUGUUCCAGAAUAUAUUGAAAAUGUGUAUGAGGGAUCAGCCCUGUUGUAGUUAUUGUUGUUGUUGUCGGCAGUGACCGAUUGUCCGGAAAAAUACGUCGAUAGAGUUACUGUGAUAUAUUUCCGAGAUUUUGUUUCAAGCAGAUUCGCCGACAACUGUGAGAUUGUGUCAAUGGUGAGUUAAGUUAUAGUUUGUAACGGGCUUAAGUGAGUUUAUUAAGGAUAAUUACUGUAUUGCCUGCAGGAGUCGCUCCUUAAUAAGAAUAUUGCUCGUUGUUUGAUAAAAUAAUUAGGUGUGUUUGGAAUGUUAGCGUUCUUUCUGUCACUUAAACUAUACCGUAACAAUAUUGCCUGCGAUGAGAUGUAAAUACGAAUAAAAGCAAUUAAAAAAUAGUAUAAAGACUUGGGAUCUGUUUUUUAUAAUUCGAUUCUUAUUCAGAUAAUUGUAUGGUUGAAAUUUUAGGUAAUACCAUUAAUUAAGGACGUCAAAUAGAUUUUCAUAAGUUAUGAAAUCAAAGAGAACGGCAAUCAGAGGGAAGAUAAGUUUUUUUGGUAUUCUCGGAUAGUCAUGACAUACCUUACUUUGGAUGGAGAAAUUCAAAGAAUAAAUGUUAAGGGUAUUUAUCCCCUAGCUAGGCGACUGAAUUCCCGCAAUGAAGAAUGACGCUAUGACUUAUCUAGCUAUUCCAAAGUGUUAUCAUCAUAAAACAAACUCCAACAACCUCCGUAAACAGGUAAACAACGUUUUCUCGAUGAAGUUCUCGUUUGCACAAUUAACAUUCAUUUUAAAAAUGUGAAUGAGUUGAUUUUUAGAUCGGGUAUGCUCAAACCGUUUUUUCUUUCUUUCUUGCUCUCACACUGUUUGGUUGAUUUAAAUUAGGGAAUUUUUCACCGAAAAAGUAAAGAGUUUUGCUCAUUACUACAACGCAAUUAUAAAACCACGGCGCACAGAAGGUGGAACUACAACGCAAUUAUAAAACCACGGCGCACAGAAGGUGGGACCGGUGCUCGUGAAAUGCUGGAAAGUUUCUCACGAAGACGCUUAAAAAAAUUGCUACAAAAGUUGCCACCUAAAUUUCAAAAAUUGUUGCCUACAUUUCAAAAGUUACUACCUAAAUUUCUUGAUAUUUUUGUACAAAAGAUACUUAUUGUUAAGUCAUUAAGCUUCAUUUUUCGGUAUUUUUACAAUAAUUGCUACUAACAUAGGUCAAGAAAAGUAGCUUAUAAAUUUGCUUCAGAGAGUUACUUGCAAAUGUGGACAAAAUUAAGGAAUACUUUUAAGUCUAACGGAACAAAACCCAUGACUUUUUUUCGAAAGUCAUUUCCGCCGAUUAUGCGUUAUAAUCUUAGAUAAGGAUCGCAAUAGGCCUGCGAAACGCUGUCAAAUGACAAGUUAUGUGUUCAUAAAUUGAUGUUUUCAAUGAAACUCUGACUUUUUUUGUUUUGAUAUGUGCUCUAAACUUAGAAAGGCUAAUUGAAAUUUACCUCAAUCACUUUUGGAUUAAAAUUUACUAAUGAGAAAAGCUUGAGAAAAAUCGAUCUGAUUGGGCAGCGUUGAGAGUUUCUGAUUCAGUUUUGUUCUGUAUUGUUGCUGGGCAUAUGUGAAGUGAGAAGUUAUUCCCAGGAAAUGUUUAAACCACUCACUAGAAAAGGCUGUAGGUUUCUUUUACCUUUGCCGUUCUCCGAUUUCAUGCGAGAGCGACGGGUUGAAAAAGUUGGUCCGAGGGUCAGACAUGACUUGCACUGAGAUUCCAAUUCGACAUGGUAAACUUUUCCUUGACUAGUUUUAUAAACACUACAAAUAUCACCAGAAGAGAAGGCGACAGAGAUGUCUCAUCGAUGGCUGAUUCUAUAAUCAUAAUCAUCAUUAACACCAUCACUUUUCCCUGCACAGUUAUUCUCAACGUACUUGUGAUAAAGGCUGUGAAAACGACGUCUCGACUCCGUACCAACAACAACAUCUUGCUGGCCUGUUUAGCGGUGACUGACGCAUUGACUGGUCUCCUUGGCCAGCCAUUGUUUAUCCUGUGGAGAAUUUUCCUAACAUUCGGUCUCAGUAACAGUGAAACGGUUGGAAUUUCUUUUAUCUCGUCUCUACUUACUACCCUUGUUGCUUCCUACUUUCAUCUGAUGUUGGUUACUUUCGAGAGACUCAUAGCUAUCAAAUUUACAAUGCAGUACUCAAAAAUUAUAACUGAGAAGAAUAUGAAGAUAGCAGUGGUAGUAGUUUGGAUCAUUGCGUCCAUUUAUGGGGUUUUAAGAGGAAUGAAAAAAGUCCUAGCAACACGUUCUUUCACAGGCCUACUCACCAUUUCAUGUAUUCUCUUUCUUACUUUCGCUUACCUCAUCAUGUAUCGAGAAACUGCUCGCCACAAAGAGAAGAUAAAAACUCAACAACUGCCCCAAGAAGAUGUGGAAAGAUUUCUGAAAGAGAACAAAGCACUUAAAACAACUCUCUUUGUCGUCGGUGCUGUUCUUGUUUUCCUUCUUCCAGUUGGUUUCUUUUUUAUUUUUAUAGUCACGGGCCUUUAUGAUAUUUUCCCCAUAAACUUACCAUCGAUACUUACAUGCGCCAUGCUAAACUCGCUUGUUAAUCCACUGAUUUACUGCUGGAGACAAAAAGAAAUGAGAAAUGUCAUUUUGGAAUGA